AUGUCUUCGAAAGGUAGAGCUCGCUUGAUUCGGUACUCGUCAUUCGGCGUGCUAAAUGGUAGCCUCCAGUCGAUGUGCCUGCUCCCCUCAGCCGCAGCCUCUCCUGGCCCUACCAUCCCACCAGCCCGCACGACCCCGUCCUUCGCCGCUCGCCAGGCGGACACGCCUAUGUCCUCGACGAGCAGAACGAGCUCCGAGGCCUCAGGCCCGAGCACGGCAUCAGUAAGUCGCCUGCCAUCUCAAAUUCUUGCACCGUCCACAUCACACGGUACAAAAGCAGUCCGGGACGGAAACGUGCACACGUUUGUCGCCGACGGCCUCACCAUCAAUCUGGCCGACGUAGACGUCGACCAUCCCUCGGCCGACGUCCCAGCAUGUGAGUCGCUCCCGACGCUACUCGCCUCCGCGUUCGGUGACCGAUCCUCCUGCUCAGACAGGCCCUCUCGCCCGUGGCCUACCCUUACCGGACACGAUCUCAUGGCUAUCUUCCCGGCGCCCGUCACGCGCCCCCCAACCGACGCCUGUGAUGUUAUCUUCAGGAAACAGAUCCACGAUUUUCUCAUGGGCACUCCCGAGGACCUCCGACGUGAUUUCCGCCCGAGUCAGCUGCAGCCCACGGGCGACCGCUCCGAGAGGCUGGAACUCAGUGCGAACGCUGGCUCGCAGCGCGCACCUCUUCGCCGCGCGGACCUCUCCGUAGUCUCUACGCCGCCGCAGCCACCGCCUCCGCCACCACCAGGCCACGACAGACAUCAUUCGCAGCCCCCCCAGCCCCAUGACCUCGCACCCCGCACGCAUCUCCCGGCGCGUCCCCACCCUCUGCCGCCGCUCGUCAGCACGCCGCGGGGCCCCACACACCCCAGGCAGGACAAUGCGGGCCCGGCCAUGCGUCUCUACAAUUCGGAUCCUGCCAGCGUGCGGUCCGCGUCACCGGCGGCGCCCCCCAGUGCGGCGGCUGCUGCUACCGCUGCUGUGUCGCGUCGUCCGCCGAAUGCGGAGCGCCCCCCGGCGUACGCGUCGCCUGCCCAGCCUGCGGCCCACACGGGCGUCCACGCUCGCGCUGGCGGCGACAGCAGCCCUCCCGCACUGCUCUCCUGGCACCCGGCAGAGCGCUCCUCCCCGCCCUCGCUCGGCCACGGCACCUCCCCGCCGCUGCAGCCUGUGCCCACCACCGCCUCUGCCUCUGCCGCUGCCGCUGCCCCCGCCGCCGCCCUCGCGCCUGCGCCUGCGCCCCAGGCACCGCCGCCCGCGCCGCCGCCGGGCGCGACGCGGCCAAAGAUCACGCUCAUCCAGUGCAACCCGCAGAACGCGCACCCGCACAACCCGCCGCUGACGACGGUCCCGCUGGACCUGGGCGGGCGCGAUGCGUACGUGCGCGAGCGCGAGACAGAGGCGCGUGAACGUGCGCGCGAGGCUGCGCCGGCCAGGGCACCGGACACGCGCGAGCAGGAGGGCGCUGCAGCGGACGGGUGGGCGCACAGGCAGGAGCCCCAGCAGCAGCACGGCCAAGAGCCUCCAGCGACGCAUGAGGGCUAUAUCCCACGGCUGCGCGCGCCCAAAAAGCCUGCGGGCGCGAAGACUGCACGAUACCGUACUGCCGGUCGGUGCACCACCGCAAGAAGCCUCCUGUCGCCAAGCCACACGCGCGCGGGGGUGGUGCGCAGGACGACAAGGUCGUCGACCUCACCAGGGCAGAAUAAUACGUCGCGGGGAAGGUGCCCUGCGCUGCCUCCGUCCGUGCGUUGUUUGCUCGCCGCAUCGCAGGCCCCCCAGCCUUGGCCUGCGACGCUACUCAAUGGGCCCAUAUACCGCGUGUUCCUUCGACGUUUUUCUAAUGAAGC